AUGUCAGACACUUGGAGCAACAUCCAGGCGCACAAGAAGCAGCUUGACUCUCUGCGAGAACGACUUCAGCGACGGAGGAAAGACCCAGGGCAACUCAGCGCAGAUGCUACCUGCAGCACAGAUGCCUCCACAGCGCGCAGCGACAGUCCGGCUCCUCUUGCUGUGGUUCCAUCUCAAAAGCAGCCUGAAAAGCCCCCAGACCCGGAGUUGGAGAAAAAAUUGCUGGCAUACCUGUCAGAUCUUGGUCUAUCUUUGCCAAUCGACUCCCUUGCAAUAACAAAUGAGCUGAAAAAUUCAGAAGGAACUGUAAGUCAUGGGUGUAUCCAAACAUCUUCUAUACAAGCUACAGGACCCUCAUCAUCAGGGAGUGGGGCUGAUAAGAAAGGGAGGAGCAGCAAAAACCAGUCUUCUCAUGUCGACAUGGAGAUUGAGAGUCUUUUAAAUCAACAAUCGACAAAAGAGCAGCAGAGUAAGAAGGUCAGCAGAGAGAUCCUUGAGCUCCUUAAUACCAGCACUGCAAAGGAACAGUCAAUAGUGGAGAAGUUUAGAUCUCGUGGUCGAGCUCAAGUCCAGGAGUUUUGUGAUCAUGGAACAAAAGAAGAGUGCUCACGCUCUGGAUAUACACCACAGCCCUGCACAAAACUACAUUUCCGUCGCAUUAUCAACAAGCACACUGAUGAGAGCCUUGGAGACUGCUCUUUUCUCAACACCUGCUUUCACAUGGACACCUGCAAAUAUGUCCACUAUGAGAUUGACUGUCCUCCAGAGGCAGAAUGCAGUCUGAUGGGGCCCCAAGGUGGCGCCACUGAACUCUGUCUUGGUGCAGGUGACGCAGACAGCAACGUGGGCACUCUCUUCCCUUCUCAGUGGAUUUGCUGUGACAUUCGCUUCUUGGAUGUGGCUAUCUUGGGAAAGUUUUCCGUUGUCAUGGCUGACCCGCCCUGGGACAUCCACAUGGAGUUGCCUUAUGGCACAUUGACUGAUGAUGAAAUGAGAAAGCUUAACAUUCCCACUCUGCAGGACGAUGGCUUUCUCUUUCUCUGGGUCACUGGCAGAGCAAUGGAGUUAGGUCGGGAGUGUCUAAGUCUCUGGGGAUAUGAGCGUGUAGAUGAAAUUAUUUGGGUGAAAACCAACCAACUUCAGAGAAUUAUCCGUACAGGAAGAACCGGCCAUUGGCUGAACCAUGGAAAAGAGCAUUGUUUGGUUGGUUUCAAGGGAAACACCCAAGGCUUCAAUCGAGGUUUGGAUUGUGAUGUCAUUGUUGCGGAGGUUCGUUCCACCAGUCAUAAACCAGACGAGAUCUAUGGCAUGAUAGAGAGACUUUCUCCUGGCACCAGAAAGAUUGAGUUGUUUGGUCGACCCCACAAUGUCCAGCCAAACUGGGUAACCCUUGGAAACCAACUGGAUGGCAUUCAUCUAUUAGACCCAGAGGUUGUUGCUCGUUUCAAAAAACGUUAUCCAGACGGAGUAAUCUCCAAACCCAAGCCUUAA